AUGCAAGAACAUUUUAUUUCUCUUCUUGUCGCCAUAGCCAUCACUUGGUUUACCUUAACCAUCGUGUUCUGGUCUACGCCUGGUGGACCAGCUUGGGGAAAAUACUUCUUCACUCGCCGGUUUACUUCUAACCGAAAAACCAAGAAUCACAUACCCGGUCCGAGAGGGUUUCCACUUGUGGGAAGCAUGAGCCUAAGGUCAAGCCACGUGGCUCAUCAGCGCAUAGCCUAUGUGGCUGCGGUGAGUAACGCCAAGCGGCUCAUGGCGUUUAGUCUCGGUGACACUAAGGUGGUGGUGACGUGUCAUCCCGACGUGGCAAAGGAAAUACUGAACAGUUCUGUUUUUGCAGACCGGCCGGUUGACGAAACCGCUUACGGUUUGAUGUUUAACCGAGCCAUGGGAUUUGCUCCAAACGGUGCGUACUGGCGUACACUUCGUCGGUUAAGCUCGAACCAUCUUUUCAACCCGAAGCAAAUCAAACGCUCGGAGGAGCAGAGACGAGUGAUCGCGACUCAGAUGGUGAAUGCGUUUGCACGUAACGCUGAAACCGCGUUUGGAGUGCGCGAUUUGCUCAAAACCGCGUCGUUGUGUAACAUGGUGGGAUUGGUUUUCGGGAGAGAGUACGACUUGGAGUCUAAUAACAACGUCGAAUCGCAAAUUUUGAAGGGUUUGGUUGAAGAAGGCUAUGAUCUUCUUGGUACGCUAAAUUGGACCGACCAUCUUCCUUGGUUAGCCGGUUUAGAUUUCCAACAAAUCCGGUUCAGGUGCUCUCAGCUUGUACCGAAAGUAAACCAGUUAUUGAGCCGAAUCAUUCAUGAACACCGUCCUGCCACGUGUAAUUUUCUCGACGUGUUACAUUCUUUUCAAGGUUCCGAAAAAUUAUCAGAAUCGGAUAUGGUCGCUGUUCUUUGGGAAAUGAUAUUUAGGGGGACGGACACGGUAGCUGUUUUGAUCGAGUGGGUGUUAGCGAGGAUUGUGAUGCAUCCUAAGGUUCAAUCAACGGUCCAUGAUGAGCUUGAUCGAGUCGUUGGCAAAUCAAGAGCCGUUGAUGAGUCUGACCUUCCAUCUCUGACUUAUCUAACGGCUACGAUCAAAGAAGUGUUGAGGAUGCACCCACCGGGCCCACUUCUCUCUUGGGCACGUCUCUCUAUAACGGAGACCACCGUGGACGGCUAUCACGUGCCGGCUGGGACCACCGCGAUGGUCAACAUGUGGGCUAUAGCACGUGAUCCGCACGUGUGGGAGAAUCCUUUAGAGUUUAACCCGGAGAGGUUCAUGGCUAAAGAGGGUGAAGCUGAGUUCUCUGUUUUCGGGUCGGAUCUGAGGCUGGCACCGUUCGGGUCGGGUAAGAGAGUUUGCCCGGGAAAGAAUUUGGGACUUGGAACGGUGUCGUUUUGGGUUGCGACGCUCUUGCAUGAGUUUGUGUUCGAGGCUAACUCACCAGAUCUCUCAGAGGUUUUGAGGCUCUCGUGCGAGAUGGCUUGUCCUCUCGUCGUUAACGUACGAACGAGGCGUGAGAUAGUGUAA